CUGUCGUCUUCUUCCCCAAAUGUUCACCACAUAAACCCUAGCGAUCAAUUUCUCCAGAAAUCAACCAACAAUCGUUCAUGGCAUCUUCUUCUACCUUUCUGGAAUUAACUCCAUUUCAAUGGAAUCAACCUCUUCCAUACAUGAAACGACCCCAUCAUCGUAGUGUUCUUCUCUACGCCAAACCUCAACAGAGAUCAAAUUCGAUUCGUCUCCAAAUCUCCGUCAAAUAUAAACAAUCGACGAAUUCAGAUUCAGAUUUGCGAUCCAAUUCGAAUCCAUUUGAACAAAUCGCGAUUCAGGUCAAGAAAGCGUUAGAUUCGUUGAAGAAACCUGCUAUAGCUGCUGUUUUGCUUGGUUUGCUUCUGUUCUAUGAUCCUAAUUCGGCUUUAGCUGCGUCUGGUGGUAGAAUUGGUGGUAAUUCCUUCUCGUCGAGGUCUCGAAGCUCUUCUUCUUCUUCUCAAUCGUAUUCUGUGCCGAGAACAUCGAGUCCGAGCUUUUCGUACUCUGCUAGGACCGCUCCGUACUAUGGACCGUCACCAUUCGGUGGGGGUUUAAUGGGUCCGGCGGUUGGUUUUGGGUUUGGUGGAUUUUCGAGCUUUUCUUUGAUUCUGGUUGGUUUCGCUGCGUUUGUUUUGGUCUCUGGAUUCCUCUCAGAUCGGUCACAGGACGAUAGCAUUUUAACCGAUACUCAGAAAACUAGCGUCAUUAAGCUACAGGUGGGGUUGCUGGGUUUGGGGAGGACUCUACAGCAAGAUUUUAAUCGUCUUGCUGAAAGUGCGGAUACAUCCACACCGGAGGGUCUGAGCUAUGUGUUAACCGAGGCAACAUUGGCUUUGCUGAGGCACCCGGACUAUUGCAUCUCUUGUUAUUCAUCAGUGGAUGUGAAGCCGAGUAUAGAAAAAGGAGAGAAGCGAUUUAACCAACUCUCCAUUGAAGAACGAGGAAAAUUUGAUGAGGAAACACUUGUUAACGUGAAUAGCAUAAAGAGACAAAGCUCAAAGAUUAAGAAAGCUAGCGGUUUCAGCAAUGAAUAUAUUGUGGUAACCAUCUUGGUGGCUGCAGAGGGUAUACAUAAACUGCCGCCAAUAAACGGAACUACAGAUCUGAAGGAAGCCUUACUGAGACUCGGGUCAAUACCAAGAAACAAAAUAAUGGCUGUAGAAGUACUAUGGACACCGCAGAACGAGGCAGACGCAUUGUCAGAAAGGGAACUACUUGAAGAUUACCCACUUUUGAGGCCAUUCAAAACUCUCAUCGGAUUCAUCUCCGACACCAAAUCAUUCGAAUCCAUAACCGACGACUAUUUCCAUAUUCUAGAUCUAGACAAAAACGGAAUGUUGUCUCUGUCAGAGCUCCGUCAAGGUCUCAACCAUGUUGUGGCUGUGGAAUCUGAAGUCGCUCCUGAAGAAGAGACCGAUAACGUGUACAAUGCGAUUUUCGAGAGAUUUGGUGAAGAUUUGGUUCCAGAGAAAUUUAGGGAUUUGAUUGCAGAGAUUUUGACGGCAAUGGCUAGAGGAAUCGGAAACUCUCCGGUGAUUAUGGUUGUGCAUAAUGAUGGUUUGAUUAUGAAAGCUGUUCUUCAUGAAUCUGAACAAGGCAAGUGAUGAUAAUUUUUAAGCUUUUAGGGAUUUUAUUUUUUCUUUUGGGAAAAUCUGAUUUAUAAUUUGGUUAACGUUAUAUUUGAUUUUGAAAUUCUAAGUAAUGUUGUUGAUUGAAAAAAGAUUACAUUGUAAU